UCCGAGUGGCCGAAGGUCGGGAUAAACUACUGCAUGAACCUUCAAAUAAGAGUGUAGUUUGAAACCAGUUCUUCAAACGUAGUGAGCAGACACGUUCUAAAGAGGCUAACAACCAGAAGCCGCCGGUAGAAAGUAACAUUCUUAGACUCCAUUCUGUAUCGCUUCACCGAGGUCGCUUCUAGACAACUACACCAUGAAAGUGUUUGCCUCACUCACACUGCUGCUAUUGGUGGCAGUGGCAUGCAGUGCCAGGAUUCAUCAUCACGAGUUUCGCAACAAAACCAGCCAUGCAGCGGUACCCGACAUGCAGAUGACUGACUGGGUACUGGCUGCACAUGGCAGUACACGAAUGAGAGCUAAUGGCAAGGGAAAGGACUGGGAUACAAAGUUCCACCAGGCGAACUUCCACUACCCUACGUUCUCUGUUCCGUUCGGAGAAGGUCCUGUGUUGGCAGCCGGAGUCAAUCACAGAACAUCAGACAACCAUAUCCAUGUGCCAAUCCUCGGGGCAACCUCGUACCCAGGAAGUUCCGAGUUCCCAGCUGGCGGAGCCAACCGCAGGUGGACCCCACCAAUGAUCUGGGAGAUUGACGGCAACACGGGAAAGACUGUUCGUAUUUAUGACCUGAGCGAGUACUCAGCCUGUUUCAACUCUGUCGUUCGUUACACCAACGAUGGCUACCCGUUCAUUGCACUGUAUGCGGGUAAAACAGGAAAGGGAUCUACACCCAUCGCACUCCUGGACGCUGAGUCUGACAAAGUGCUGGAUGUGUACUCUGACGAUAGCACUGAACCUAUGCUGCUGCAGAUUACAAACACCGAGCCACAGCAGAUCAUCUGGGCUGCACUUGACGCCAAUGCUGGGGUCAGUCUUACCAGACAUGAAGUUGAUGCAAGCAGUUACGUCAGGACAUCGGACACGUCGACAAUCAUCUUCGGCGCUGAUGGUCAGACGAUUUAUAACAACGGCUUCUUCAAUCACGCCACAGGCAUCUUCAAGUUUGCCCUGCCUCUCACAUCUCAUCUGAAGCAGGACUAUUUCGUGUCCGGUUGCAACACAAGACCAUGGGUGAUGGCGUCGGAUACGAAGGGAAACGCAUUCGCAUUGUGCGGAAACCUGAACGCCUAUGACGCCAACGGCAAACAGAAAUGGUCUGUGUCGGGGUCGGGCUAUCCGACAUUUCUGGUUCUGAGCGACGCGGAGGAUGUAUUGUUUGCCGGCAACGGCCAAUACAUCAAGGGUCUGAGCCCGGAGUCUGGCGAAGUGCUGUGGAGCAUCGCUGCUAGUGAGUUUGGUGGCAGCAUCCCUGUGUCCGCUCAGCCCUGGGCACCACGUUAUCCCAUACCACUACCCACUGGUAACCUCGCUGUUCUGGUCGUCAAUGGCGGAGUACACUCCAUUGCUCUGCUCGAUGCUCACACCGGUAAGAUCGUCAAGGGUGGUGUGACCUUUGACUUUGCACCACAGAUGCUGACCGCCGAUAACUCCAACAAUGUGUACGCUUUUGGCAACGAAGACGGUUACCUGAAGGUGCAGCGGAAGUCUCUGGGUGAAUCAUAACUCCAGAGGCCGACGUCCUGUUGGCAAAUUCGUAUGACAAGUCGAAUUACCGCUACUGUAUCUGUUGCUUGGCCAUUUACAAAUAUUGUACUCCGCACGUAGCACAAAAUGUGACGGUACUUUGAAACUACUUUCUACAUCUCUAGUUUGUCUUAUUUUAGCACUCAACGCAAACAUUGACCAUACUGUAUUAGGAACCUUUACCGGCACAUAUUGUUAAGGUUACGUGCGUGCUGAAUGUCUGUGUGUCGCGCACUGGAAUUGCAAUCCUUACCACAUGUGAUCUCCUGAGCCCAGUUCUGGCAUCUUUGCCAUUGGACACCCUGCCGGUGUGACCACUAA